UUUGUCUCUUAGGAUAUAAUUGGUUUUCAGUCAUAAGCCAAUCCAUAAGAAGAAAACAAUCUUGCCAAAGAUACAUUCCUCAGCUGUAGCGUUUGUCUGUUGUCAAGUGUGUCAAAGAAUGUUAGUGAUUAAAAUAGGAUCUAUAUAGUCAAAUAAUUGAAAGCUGAUCCAUGUUAGUUGAGAUUCAUCACUGUUGGCAUCAAUAAGCUUCAGGAUGCCUGGAGAUUCUAGAAAAGAUUUUGUUUUGGUGACCACUGCCAACUACUUUGGCGUGAUGGUCAAUGAUAGUGCAAUCACAAAUUUAUUUAACAGUCCACCAUUAAACAGCUUUCUUGAUGAUGGUAAUGUCAUGGUUCUUGCUGGAAAACUGGAUCCCAAGAAAGACAAAAAGAUUGAUUUUUUAAACAAAGUUGAGGCAUCAGAUUCCAAAGAGAGAGUGAUCGUCUUUUUCAAGAUACGCCCUGAGUCAAUAACACCCGAUAAUCUCCAGGCCAAUGUCAUCGUCUCAUCCAUGAUUGAUUCUCCGCUCAAUACUUUAUAUCAUGCAGUUCAAAAGGUUUAUGCCCCAUUGCUGUUGGAUGAUGGGAAGUACAGCCGUAACAUUGACCCCAAACUCCAAAGUUUAUUGAGUGAACUAGAAGCGGGGCUUGGCUCUGCCAUACGCAAACGAGAUCCCAGUUUUAAAGGACGCACAGGGGAAGAGGAAAAUCUGGGCAGUAUUUUAACGCCAAUGGAUGAAUUUCAAUACUGGCAAGACAUGACCAGAUCCAAUGCAGGAGGUGGGGAUCUAAGAGAGGCCGCAGAGAGUUACACUGAGCUUUUUGCCCCUAUAUCCAAAGAUUAUGGAGGACUGGAUUCUUUGUCGUUGCAAGAUGGCAUGGAACUAGUGGAGAUAACCCAGGACACACUGGAUGACCUGUGGAAGCAGGGAAGCCCACCUUACCCUGAACACAGAAUGAGACAUCUUAUGGAAAUUAUUGCUGGCUCCCUUGGUCGCUAUGUCCAACAGAAACUGGCCUCUGUGAAUAUGUGGACUGGUCAGUUUAGCUCAGUGAGAGAGUCCCUCAGGAUGGGUGUUUCACUCUGUGAGCGAUGGACCACAGCCUGUGAAACAUUGACAUCACAGUUCUGGAAAAGAUACGGACCUCAUCCUUGGAAAGGAGAGACUUGCAAACCAAAAACUUUAGUCAAACUGGGCGCUAGACUUGAAGAGAUUCUGUCAAUAAGAACUGUACAUGAGCAGCUUCUGAGGCUUCUAACUGCCCAGGAACAAAAAGAGCUGAGUGUCUCUGAGGCAUUUACUCCCUUUCUGGGGCUCAACCCCCUCCAGUACAAUCCAUACACACAGCCCCUGUGGGCGGCAGCUGUCCAGCAAUAUGAACGUUCCAUGGAGCCCUCACAGCAGAGAAUUGCUGGUAAACUACGGAAUCAGUUCAGGCAGUUAGACCAGAACCCACAACAACUUCUGAGAGAGUUUCAAAGAUAUAAAGAGCUUGUUAGAAGGCCAACAAUUACUAAGGAACUCAUUGCAGAGAGAGAAACUCUCCUGGGUCAAUUGAUUACAUUUGUGAGACAAGUGAAUGAAGACUUCAACUCUUGCACUGGCAAAGGAGGAAAAGAUCGUAUUCCUAAAGGCAAAAACAACCCAGAAGUUGUCAACAAUAUCAUCUAUGUAAAACAGCUGGAGGCUAAGAUUGAUGAGACAAAGAUGAUUGCUGAUGUCCUGCUGGGUGAUCUAAAUGGCUACCAAAAGUUUCAGAAAGACAUGGAAAACUUAAAAGAAGAUUUGCAGAACUGGCGCAGGGAUCAGUUUGAUGAAUGGUCGCAAGAAAUACAAUCAUUGAUUGAAGACCAGCACAAGCCAUUGAGUCUUGAAACUAGUGGGAAGCUGAUGGAACUGAAUCACAAAGAUGGGAAACUGAGAGUCAACUACAGUGACCGCCUGGUAACUCUCCUGCGUGAAGUUAGACAACUCAGCUCUAUUGGGUUCAGUGUGCCUGCUAAGAUACAACAAGUUGCUGAAACUGCCCAAAAAUUUUACAGAUAUGGUGUGAUUCUUAAACAGGUUGGAAAUUUCUACAACACUAUUGACCAACAAAUGUUACCCAGCCAACAAGCCAUGAUGUUAGAUUCAGCUCUGGCUUUUGAAAAAUUAGUCAAAAAUCCCAAAACGGGGGUCAAAUCUAAAGGUGACAAUGUUCAAGUCACCUGGGACAAUCCUGAACAGUUGGAACACUACAUCAAAAAACUUCAGACUGCCGCAGACAGACUCUCCACAGAGAACAGAAAACUAAGAAAAGUUCAUUUUCAGAUUUCUGAUAAGGUCCAGGAACUAAUGUCUGUUGAUUUAUUGAGACAGCAGCAGCGCUGGAAAGAUGGCUUGAUGGACAUACGUCAUAUCAUGGCCAACUUGGUCCAGCAAGGGUUUGCUAGUGAGAAUAUGACCCCAUGGAAGUCUCACUGGGACCGACAGCUGUACAAAGCUUUAGAACAUCAGUAUCUCAUGGGUCUGGAAGCAUUGAAUGAGAACCUUCCAGAAAUAAGAGUUGAACUGACUUACAGACAACAGAAGCUCCAGUUCAGACCUCCAUUUGAAGAGAUCAAAGCUAAAUAUUUCAGAGAAAUGAAAAAGUUCAUCAGCAUUCCUAACCAUUUUAAAGGGGUAGGUGAUGGUGGACCAGAUCUUAUUUUCCCAGCAAUCAUUGACAGGAAUGGCCAGAACUUUAUCACAUGUUACCGUAAAGCCAACCAAUUGUUUACCAGACUGGCUGCAGUGGAAGAUCAGUUUAAGGACUGGGUCGUGCUCGGAGCCAUUGACCUUGACCAGUUUGUUGAAGAUAAUUUAAAAGAACUUGUGGAUUGGGAAAAAAACUUCAGGGCAUUAAAAGGCAGAGGUAGAGAUGCUGAGAAGCUUCCAAAUGUUGUCAAAGUGGACUGUAUCACAGUGAGCACAACUCCAGUCAAGUCUGUCAUCGAUGACCUGAUCCAGAGACUGUUUGAUGCACUUCUCAACUCUCUGCGCAAGUCUAUUAACAAAGAUGUCAGCCAGAUUGAUGGCUUUGUCUCCACGGCUACCGAGACACUGUCCCAGAGGCCUCAGACUGUGCAGGAGAUUGGGGAGGCCAAUGCUAAACACACUGAAUUCAUGGCAACUAAGAAAGAGGUCAAGCCUCUUUUUGACAAAGCAGAAAGUAAAAAUAAAUUGCUUAGGUCAGUGGCAGGGGGUGGUGUGGAGUCCUUGACUCAGUUACAGAGCAGAUGGGACAAGUUUGAGAUUAUGAUGGAAUCCCACCAGCUGAUGGUUAAAGAGCAGGUGGAAGUGAUGAAAAAUAAUGUGUUGGCCAGGGUCAAGGCCUUUCACCAAGAAGUGGAGAAAUUUUCUGCCAGGUGGCACCAGCUGAAGCCAGGGAACGAUGCACUGGAAGGCGACAAGGAAACUCUGGACAAAGCUGUAGCAGUCAUCAAGGAGAAGCGCCAGGAGUUUGUCGAGAUUGAAGAGAACAUGAACAAAAUUGUCUCUGAUUGUCAACAUUUUGAUCUGGAGAAGCCAGAUUUUUCUGCAGUCGAAGACCUGAAAGCAGAUAUGGCUAGUUGUGAGGGAAUGUGGUCUUUGUAUGAAGAGUUUAACAGUGGGCUUCAAAAUUUGGCUAAAGAAGACUGGAUCUCCUUUAGAUCUAAAGCUUACUUGUUUGAAGAGUUCCUUGGAAGUUGGUAUGAGAAAUUGAAAACAAGGGAAACAACCACCAUGACAGUCAAAAUAUUGAAAGACAUUGAAACUUACAAGACUGUGCUUCCUGUUCUAAAAUGGGUCAGAGGUGAACCUUUAUCCCAAGAUCAUUGGCUAGAAAUGUUCAGACUUCUGCAAAUGCCAAGGGGGACUACUCUAGAGAAGCUAACUUUUGGACACAUUCUGGCAGUCAGCGAGAACAUCAUUAGGAAUGCUGAAGCCAUUAAAGAAUUGAACCAACGAGCUCAAGGGGAGGUAACAAUCAGAGAAGCCAUACGUGAGCUAGAGUUAUGGGGAGCUGGUGCCAUUUUUGCUUUUACUGAAUAUGUCGACAGCAACAAGAAUAAAAUGAAUCUGAUCAAAGAUUGGAAAGAUCUUGUCAACCAGGUAGGUGACAAUCAAUGUCUACUGCAGUCAUUGAAAGAUUCCCCCUACUACAAAAGUUUUGAAGACAAAGCCUCAGUGUGGGAGCAGCGCCUGGCUGACCUGGAUGAGUACCUGCACAACUUGAACCAGAUUCAGCGUAAGUGGGUUUACCUAGAGCCCAUAUUCGGACGAGGAGCUCUUCCUAAAGAGCAGGGAAGAUUCAAAAGAGUGGAUGAUGACUUUAGGGCCAUAAUGAGAGAUGUCAACAGAGACAACCGAGUACUUUCAUUGGUCAACCAAUCUGGGCUGAGAAACUUAUUGGUCACCAUGCUGGAUCAGCUUCAGCGCUGUCAAAAAUCUUUGAAUGAGUUCCUGGAAGAGAAAAGGUCUCUCUUUCCUCGUUUCUAUUUCAUUGGAGAUGAUGAUUUGCUGGAAAUACUUGGACAAGCAACAAAUCCGACAGUGAUCCAGUCCCACUUGAAAAAAUUAUUUGCUGGCAUUCACUCUGUGGACUUUGAUGAAGACAACAGUCAUAUAGUAGCCAUGAAAUCUUUGGAUGGAGAGGUGGUUCCUUUGAAAAGGAAGGUCAAGGUCACUUCUGAUGUGGAGGUUUGGCUAGGCAAACUGGCAGAUGAGAUGAAAGAUACAUUAAAAGAGUGCCUGAUGCUUUGUUUGAAGGAUGCCAAGACAAGUCGUGGUGGCCUUGACCCACAAAAAUACCCAUCACAGAUCUUGUGUUUGGCAGAGUACAUCAAGUUUACAGAAAGCUGUGAGGAGGCCAUCAGGAAAAACAGCUUGAGAGACCUUCAGAAUGAGGUCAUGGGUCAACUGGAAGGUUAUACCAAUGUGGAUUUAGAAGGAGUUCAAAGCACAGAAGCUAAUGUUCUCCAGUUGAAAUUGAAAGCUUUGAUCUUAGACACAAUCCACAACAUGGAUGUAGUGGACCAGCUGGUGGCAGCCAAUGUGAAAUCAGUCCAAGAGUGGCAGUGGCAGAAACAGCUCAGAUAUUACAUUCGCAAAGAUGGUGUGUGUGUCAUGCAAAUGGUGGACUCUGAAUUUGAAUACACUUUUGAGUACCAAGGCAACGCUGCUAAACUUGUCCACACUCCAUUGACUGAUAAAUGUUACUUGACUUUGACUCAAGGUAUGCACAUGGGUCUAGGAGGGAACCCAUACGGCCCUGCUGGUACUGGCAAAACUGAGUCAGUCAAAGCUUUGGGGGGCUUGUUUGGUCGUCAAGUGUUAGUCUUUAACUGUGAUGAGGGUAUUGAUGUGAAGUCCAUGGGAAGAAUAUUCAUUGGUCUAGUGAAAUGUGGUGCCUGGGGUUGUUUUGAUGAGUUCAAUCGUCUUGAGGAAGCUGUGCUGUCCGCUGUCUCCAUGCAGAUUCAAGUCAUACAGGACGCCAUCAAAAACAAAGCCAAAGCUAUAGAAUUGCUGGAAAGAAAUGUAAAUAUUGACCAUAAUUCUGGUAUCUUCAUCACCAUGAACCCUGCUGGAAAAGGCUAUGGAGGCAGACAGAAACUACCAGACAACUUGAAACAGUUGUUCCGUCCUGUAGCCAUGACAAAACCAGACAAUGACUUAAUUGCUGAAGUGAUUCUCUUUUCUGAAGGUUUCAAACAGGCCAAGAAUCUGGGCAGGAAGUUAGUCAGCAUCUUCAACUUGUCCAAAGAGCUGCUAACACCACAACAACAUUAUGACUGGGGUCUGAGAGCUCUCAAAACUGUGCUGAGUGGAUGUGGGAAUUUACUUCAACUCUCUAAAAAAUCUGGCAAUGUCAAGGUUGAUGCCAAUCUAGAAGCCAAGUUGGUGGUCCAAGCUUUAAGGAUCAACACCCUUUCAAAGCUGACUUUUGCUGACAGCUCCAGAUUUGAUGCUUUGGUGCGGGAUGUUUUCCCAGGGGUAGAGUUCAAGGACAUUGAGUAUGAGACACUGGGGGCAGCUUUUAAAGAAGUUUGUGCUGAGAAUAAUUUAAUUGUCAAUGACAAUCAGGUGAAGAAAGCUCUGGAACUUUAUGAGCAGCUGCGCCAGAGGAUGGGAGUUGUGGUGGUUGGCCCUAGCGGAUCAGGAAAGACAACCUUAUGGAAAAUACUGCGUCAGGCAAUGAUGAAACUUGGAAAAACUGUCAAGCAGUAUGUGAUGAAUCCAAAAGCUAUGCCUAGAACACAGCUCCUGGGUCAGAUUGACAUGGACACCAGAGAGUGGACUGAUGGUGUGUUGACCUACAGCGCCAGACAGGUGGUCAGAGAGCCUCAAGAAGUUCAGUCGUGGAUCAUCUGUGAUGGUGACAUUGACCCUGAGUGGAUCGAGUCGUUGAAUUCGGUCCUUGAUGACAACCGUCUCCUUACCAUGCCUUCUGGAGAGAGAAUUCAGUUUGGUCCUAAUGUCAACUUCCUGUUUGAAACACAUGACCUCAGCUGCGCCUCACCUGCAACCAUUUCACGCAUGGGUAUGAUCUUCCUCAGUGAUGAAGAUGUUGAUGUCAAAGCUUUGGUCAAUGCCUGGCUGAAAACUCAAGAAGAAAGUGACCAGCAACUCCUGUCUGGGUGGAUAGAAGACCACUUCUACAGAGCGCUACAGUGGGUGCUGAAACAGAAUGAUCUAGUUGUUGAGACAAGUCUGGUUGGUAUUGUCUUGAACGGGUUAUCUCACUUGCAUCAUGUGACCAGCAAGGCACACUUUGCCGUCUGCUUGAUUCAUGGACUUGGAGGCAACCUCACUGAAGGAUCAAGGGAAAUAUUUGCUAAAGAGGUUUUCUCCUGGUGCAAUGAGUCCCCUCCUGACCCCAGGCGACCUUUGGAUACUUUCUUUGACAAUAGCCUGGGUAGAUUGAUGCAGUACAACAUGGAGAAAGCGGAAGAGCUGAGAGCAGACAACUUCCUGUCCUCCAUGUCUCUGCCUGUCAUAAGAACUGGAGAUGUUCAGAGAGCGCUGGAUUACUUUUUACCUUGGCUGGACGCUGACACAAGACAACCUUUCAUUAUAUGUGGACCUGAAGGCUGCGGCAAAGGACUUUUACUCCGCCAUGCAUUUGAAAAGUUGAGGUCAACUCAAGUGGCCAUGGUCCACUGCAGUGCGCAGACCAAUCCUUCCCACAUCCUGCAAAAACUGGGUCAGACCUGUAUGGUCAUCUCUACCAACACUGGCAGAGUGUACCGGCCAAAGGACUGUGAGAGGCUCCUGCUCUACCUGAAGGACAUCAACCUUCCCAAACCAGACAAGUGGGGCACCUGUCAGAUGAUAGCCUUUCUCCAGCAGGUCGUGACCUACAAUGGCUUUUAUGACUCCAACCUGGAGUGGGUGGGACUUGAAGGAGUUCAGAUUGUAGCCAGCAUGAAUGCAGGAUCAACACUUGGGAGACACAAGCUGACCACUAGAUUCACUUCAGUUGUUCGCAUCUGCAAUGUAGGGUACCCAGACAGAGACCAACUUCAAACCAUUUAUGCUGCCUACCUGAAGCCAAUCUUAAAUCGCCAGUUAGCCAAACAUGCAGUCUGGGGAAGUAGCUCUAAAGUAUCUGCCCUGGCCAACAGUAUGAUUCAAUUCUAUGAGCAGCUGAGGUCAAGGUUCACAGUGGAUGACUACAGCCAUUACUUAUUUACACCUCGAGACCUGACCAAUUGGGCCAUGAGCCUGCUAAGAUAUGACCUGACAGACGGGUCCAAGGACAACACUGCAGACACUGUGCUGGAAGUCUGGGCCUACGAGGCCAGGAGACUGUUCCGUGACAGAAUUGUGGGUCAGGACAACCGCAGCAAGUUUGACAGCAUGCUCCAGUCAGUGGUGCGUUCUGAUUGGUCUACCAACAUAUUUGAUGACAUUGACAACACUUUCUUUGUGACCUGGGGUGCCAGGUCUGACUCUGGUGUACCAGCUGUAGGAGCCGGAGCCCCACUGCCUCCACAUGGCAAGCCUCUAGGGAAACUCUCGGAAGAUGACUUGAAAACAGUUAUAGAGAAAGGCAUCAGAUUCUUUAGUCAUGAAAAUCGACAGUUGGACAUUCUGAUUUUCAAAGAAGUGCUAGAGCACAUGGCACGAGUCGACCGGGUGCUGACCAAGCCCGGCGGCUCACUGUUGAUGGCAGGAAGUAGUGGAGUUGGCCGCAGGACAGCCGUGAGUGUUGUAGCUCACAUGCAUCAGAUGCAGACGUUCUCUCCAAAAGUGUUUAGAGGCUACGGCAUCAAGCAGUUCAAGAAUGACCUCAAACAAGUAAUGCAGUUGGCUGGCAUUGAAGGAGAACAAGUUGUCCUGAUCCUAGAAGACCAUCAGUUUGUAGAGCCUCAGUUCCUGGAGCUUAUCAACAGCUUGCUGUCUGCUGGGGAGGUACCAGGCCUAUAUUCACCAGAGGAGUUAGAGCCCCUGCUGAGUCCACUCAGAGACAUGGCUUCUGAAGUUGGCUUUAGAGGAACCAUGAUAAGUUUCUUUUCAACUCGUGUGAUGACCAACCUUCACAUUGUCCUCAUUAUGGACAACAGUAACAGUAACUUUAUCCUGAACUGUGAGAGUAACCCAGCUUUCUAUAAACAAUGUGCAGUCCAGUGGAUGGAGGGCUGGUGUAGAGACAGUAUGCUCAAGGUUCCUUUGAUGCUUCUGACGAGGCCACCCAAAAUAGAAGGGGGCUCAAUAGGAGAGAUCAAAGGUCACAAAAAGAAGCUCUCCGGGGGUGAUGAACUUCUGAAAAGUUUUCUUCACAUCCAUGAGUCGUGUCAGAGUCUGCGUGCAACACCCAGGAAGUACAUGAUCUUCUUGAAAACUUAUCAGUCUGUGUAUGAGAAAAAUAAGCAUAAAAUAACAGACAAGCAGCGCCACCUGCAGGCUGGUGUUUCUAAAUUGAAUGAUGCCAAAGUUUUGGUGGAUGAUUUGAAAAAGAAAGCUGGUGAACAGAGUAUUUUGUUGGCAGAGAAACAGGCAGAGGCAGACGGUGCCCUUAAAGAGAUUACAAUCAGUAUGCAGAAUGCAGGAGAUCAAAAAGUAGAAAUGGAAGAACUGAAGAAAAAUGCAGCAGAAGAGAAUAAAAUAUUGGAAAAGAGAAAGAAAGCAAUUGAUGUCGAACUGGCAGAAGUGGAGCCACUAGUUCAAGAGGCUCGCAGAGCAGUAGGGAGCAUCAAGAAUGAAUCCUUAUCAGAGAUUCGAGCUUUGAGAGCGCCACCAGAUGUGAUUAGAGAUAUAUUAGAAGGAGUCUUACGUUUGAUGGGCAUCUUUGAUACUUCAUGGGUCAGCAUGAAAAGUUUCCUGGCUAAAAGAGGUGUCAAGGAAGAAAUUCAAACUUUUGACGCUAGGACAAUAUCACCAGAAAUAAGAAAAAGCGUAGAGGAACUGUUGAGGAAAAAUAAAGAUUCUUUUGAUGCUAAGAAUGCUAAAAGAGCGUCGCAAGCAGCUGAGCCCCUGGCAGCCUGGGUUGUAGCCAAUGUCAAGUAUUCCUAUGUUCUGGAGAAGAUAGAGCCUCUGGAGGCUGAACAAAAUGAAUUGAAAAGAAACUUGGAUAAAGUUGAGUCCAGAAUGUCCAAAUUAAGUCAAGCUCUGGGAGAAGUUGACCGUAAAGUAGCCACCCUACGCAAUCGUUUUGAAACUUUGACCAAGGAAGCAGCAGAACUAAAAAUAAAACUGGACAGAGAGAAUGAAACAAUUGAUGCUGCCGAAACCUUGGUGACCAAACUGGAAGGGGAAUACCAGCGAUGGAAUCAACAGGUUGGUGAGCUAACUACAGAACUUCAAGUGCUGCCUAAGAGAGCUCAGCUGGCCGCAGCGUUCAUUACUUAUUUGUCUGCCGCACCUGAGGACCAGAGGAGAAAUUACCUCAAACAGUGGCAGGAUACGGUGGGUGUGGAUAAAUUUGAUCUUCGACGAUUCUUAUCUACUGAAAGUGAGCAGCUGAUCUGGAAGAGUGAAGGUCUGCCGUCUGAUGACCUGUCCAUGGAAAAUGCAUUAGUUAUAUUGCAGGUUCAUGACAUACCUAUUGGGAGUUCUUUGCGCCCAUUCUUGAUUGACCCAUCUUCAAGAGCAACAGAGUGGCUUAAAGUCCAUCUCAAGGCUAAUCGUCUUGAAGUCAUUAAUCAACAGGAUGCUAACUUUAGUACUUCCUUAGAGUUGGCAGUCAGAUUUGGCAAGACUUUAAUCAUACAAGAAGUAGAUGGUGUGGAGCCCAUUCUGUUUCCUCUCUUAAGAGGCGACCUGACUGCACAAGGUCCCAGGUUUGUGGUGCAGAUAGGAGAGAAGACAAUUGACUACAAUGAAGAGUUCCGAUUGUUUCUCACUACCAGGAACCCAAACCCAGAGAUAACUCCAGACGCUGCAGCCAUCAUUACAGAAGUGAACUUUACCACCACAAGAGCUGGACUGACUGGCCAGCUGUUAGCAAGCACUCUUCAACAUGAAAAACCAGAAUUAGAGUUGCGAAAAACAGAGUUACUGAAGCAAGAAGAGGAUCUGAAAAUACAACUGGCCAACCUCGAAUCCAGUUUAUUGGAGGAACUGGCCAAUGCUAAAGGCAACAUCUUAGAAAACAAAGAGCUUCUGGAUUCCUUGAACAAAACCAAAGCCAGUAGCAUCACAAUCACAGAGUCUCUGGUGGAGUCUGUUCGUUUGCAAUCUUCGCUGGAUCAAGAACGCAACACUUACUUGGGACUCGCUGAGAGUGGAAGUUGUCUGUACUUUGUCAUUAGUGACCUGGCCAAGAUUAACAACAUGUACAAGUUCUCACUGGCGUCUUUCUUGAGGCUAUUUCAGAGAGCACUGCAGUCAAAGCAUGAUGGAAGUAGCACUGACCUAAGAUUAAAAACACUGAGUUCUAAACUGUUGAUGCUUGUCUAUGAAUACGUCUGCCGCUCUCUCUUCAAGGCAGACAGAAUGAUGUAUGCAAUGCACAUGGUGCAUGGUUUUAAGCCAGAAUUGUUUGAAGAAAAUGAAUGGGAAGCAUUUACUGGUGUGUUGGUAGCAGACGUGAAAGGGGAUGGUGGGAAGACAAUAUCCUGGGUGGAUGAAGAGAGAUAUGCUGCUGCUGCUGCUUUUAAGGCCAACUUCCCAAAACUGUACCAGACAUUAGACCUGGAGGACACUGGACUUUGGUCAAACUUCUCUAGAAGCAGCCAGUGUGAGCAAGAGUUCCCGUCUGCUGUUGAAAGAAAGAUUUCCUUGUUCCAUCAAGUGUUGGUCACUCAGGCCACUCGUCCAGACCGACUGAUGAGUUCCAUGGGAUUGUUUGCUUGCAGGGCACUCAAUAUGAAAGAGUUGUCGCCACCGUCUGUCAACUUGAAGAAGAUUUACCAAGAGUCCAUCUCCACUGAGCCAAUCUUGAUUGUCAUCUCUCCUGGUGCUGACCCAUCUCAAGAGCUACAAGAGUUGGCAACAGAAACUAUUGGCUUUGAAAGAUACCAUCAGGUUGCCAUGGGUCAAGGUCAAGCAGAAGUAGCCAUGAAACUGAUCCGUGAAUGUGCCAAAAAUGGUGAUUGGUUAUGUCUCAAGAACCUUCACCUUGUUACUGCAUGGUUACCUGCUCUUGAAAAGGAAAUCAACACCAUGCAGCCUCAUAAUGACUUCCGUUUGUGGCUGACAUCUGAAGUCCAUCCCAGAGUUCCAACAAUUCUUUUACAAUCCAGUCUAAAAAUAACUUACGAGGCACCACCUGGAGUAAAGAGGAACUUGAUGAGGACUUAUGAAAGUUGGACCCCUGACUACAUUGCUCGUGGGGGCAGUGUUCUUAGGGCACAGUCUCUGUUUGCACUGGCUUGGUUCCACGCGGUGAUGCAGGAAAGGAGAGUCUACAUUCCCCAGGGCUGGACAAAGUUCUACGAGUUCUCCACAUCAGAUCUAAGAGCUGGGGCGGAUAUAAUUGAUCGUCUUUUUAAAGGAGAACUUUAUGAUGAUAAUUCAUUCAAACAUGUUGGCACUGAAGGGCAAGAUCAGAUACAGUGGAAAUUUGUCCAUGGACUGUUUGAGUUUGCCAUUUAUGGUGGCAGGGUAGAUAAUCCACUGGACAUGGGGGUCAUGGUGUCCUACUUGCAACAGUUUUUCAACAAUUCUGUCAUCGCACAGCAGAACAAAGGGAAGCGACUUGGACCUCUUAAAGUACCAACCUCCACCAAUAUUCGGGACUUUGUUGAUGUCAUUGAAUCUUUGCCUGAAUUUGACAAGCCAUCUUACUUUGGGCUGCCAGAGAACAUAGAGCGGUCAGCCCAACGCAGCAGUAGUGCAGCUGUUAUAUCUCAGCUACGCAUACUUCAAAGGUCUGAUGCUAAGGCCAGUAAGUUUGACAAAGAUGUUUGGGCCACAGAGCUAGGACCUAUACUAAACUUGUGGAAGAAAGUCAAUCAGGGCCAGACUCUGAUCCAAAUGAAAGUGAAUGCACCAUCUGAGAAAGUCUCCAACGAGUCUCCUGUCCUGACUUUCAUUAAACUGGAGAGUUACAAUGCCAUCAAAUUAGUCCAGUCCAUUCAUACUUCAUUGGCAGCUCUCAGUAAGGUCAUCAGGGGUACACAACUCUUAACUUCUGAUGUACAAAUGUUGGCUGCCGCUCUUCUUAAUCAAGAGACACCUUUAGAUUGGCUAAACAAAUGGGAUGGUCCAGAAGAUCCAGUUCAGUAUCUUCGUGGUCUAGUCAGUCGAGCAGCAGCCAUACAGAAGUGGGUGGAACGUGCAGAAUCUGGAGCUUUGCUGAGAGAGACCUUAGACCUCUCUGAAUUGUUCAAGCCUGAUACUUUCCUAAAUGCAUUUAGGCAGCAAAUUGCCAGGGAAAUGAAAUGUUCAAUGGAUAGCCUGAAGUUUGUCUGCAGCUGGCGAGGAUCAAUUCAAGGAGCUCGUACAUCUAUCAAGGUGGGGGGUCUCAUGAUAGAAGGUUGCACCUUUGAUGGCAGCCGCCUCUCUGAGAAUCAACGAGACUCCCCCACUGUGGUGGCUAUCCCACCUUGUAUAGUUUCCUGGAUACCUAAGGAGUCCCCUGACCCAUAUGGAAUGGACGAUGUCAUCUCACUGCCUGUGUAUUAUUCUAGCACCAGAGACAGAAUUGUGACAAGACUGGAUGUACCUUGUGGCGGAAAUGUCGACCAAUGGCUGCAGACUGGGGCAGCACUCUUCUUAAAAAAUGAUUAAAUAAUAGAUUCACUAAAUAAUAUUUAUUUGUUGACAUAGAGUUUUUAAAAAAUUGACAAUUCAGUAGUUAUUAUUACAUUUGGACAGAUUAUGUUUAUUUUUUUCAUUUUAACUAAAUGUUUAUGAUGUGUACAUUUUCCCUCUUGGCUGUUUUCGGUCUGGGAAAAUGAUGAAACGGCACUAAAGAAGUUUAUGUGUCGAAAUAUUUCAGCAUAUCAAUUCUUUAUUUGACCUUAUGUUUAAAUGUUUUCUUGAUCAAUUAUAUAAAUACAUUUUAAUUGGCAGUAUUUUAGGACUAUAUUGUAAAACUUGUUGAUCAUUUUUUUGUCUCUAGUAUCCUGUAUUCUCCAUCAUUCCUUUCCAUAUGAAAAUAUUAUAAUUGUUAAAGACCAUACAAACCUGCUCUGUGUCUGAUAAAGAAGAAGCAAUGCACUAUGUUGCUAUAUGAAACCUGAACUAUUUAAUGGAAGACAUUUAUUUUUACUCCGUCCAUUUGACCUGCAGAACAUUUUGUAGUUCCCUUCAUUAUUUGUUCUUAAAAUACAUUUUUUUUUCUCUUUCCAUCCAUUUAACCUGCAGAACAUUUUGUAGUUCCCUUCAUUAUUUGUUCUUAAAAUACAUUUUUUUUUCUCUUUCCAUCCAUUUAACCUGCAGAACAUUUUGUAGUUCCCUUCAUUAUUUGUUCUUAAAAUAAUUUUUUUUUUCUCUUUCCGUCCAUUUAAACUGCAGAACAUUUUGUAGUUCCCUUCAUUAUUUGUUCUUAAAAUACAAUUUUUUUUUCUCUUUCCGUCCAUUUAAUGUUACACUGUGAAUGAUUUUGUUGACAUCAGUUUUAUUGUUAGACUUGUUAGCAGGCAUGAUUAUUUUUUUGUUAUGGCCAUUAAUCUUUCAGGUCACAAUGGUAGUAGCAACUUUACUUAAUUAUUUUGAUUUCUUAAGUAGCCUUACUCAUAAGCCUGUGUACUAUUUGGAUCUUUUUAAAUUAAGACACUUUUGCAGUGACCUAGUGUUGAAGCACUUGACUUCCGAAGCAGGGGAUCCAGAGUUUGAAGACUGGGCUUUUUACUUUCAGGAUUUUUAGGGUGUCUAUGAAUUUACUCAGUAUUAAAGGGCUACCUGACAUAAGUUGCGGAAAGUCAAAUCCGCUGGUCUAUGUUAGAAACAGGACACCUUUGAAAACUGUCUACAGAAACAUAUAACGUUUACAUCAUCUGCCCCAAAGAGCAAAAGGUUUGAAAUGGGGAACUUUAAUUAGUUUUACUUUUUCAUAACAUUGAAAGUUGCUUAAUGUCUAUGAAUAUGACACAAUGUGACUAUAGUACAUUGCACUAUGUCUAGAAGAUUUAAAGAUAAAUCAUUUUAGUUUUAAAUGAGGUGUGUGACCAAUUGUUUUUAAUCAAUUCUAAUAUUGAAAUUAAUGGAACUCAAAGCAUUCCACAAAACUAAACUGCUGCUGUGAUAUUUUUAGUUCUAUUUCUGUUUUGUGAGCUUGAUGACAUGUUACAAUCUAAUUGUUAAUAAAAUUAUUGAUUUUGA